AUGAAAUUGUAUUACCUCGUACUGAUAGGUGUAAUUGAUUUAUGGGGUCGACCUGGUGGAAUUCGGGAAGACAGGGCAGCUGUCUUAGCAUCCAAUGGCUUUGCGACUUUAGCUUUGGCAUAUUGGGGAUUUAGAGACCUUCCUGUGAGGUAUGGCACACUUUCUAUGUCAUACUUUGAGAAAGCUGUUGAUUGGUUGAUAUCACAUGAAAAGGUAAGGUAAAAUAAAGGUUGGGGUAUCUUUCCGUUGCUAAAAGGGACCACCAUUCGACCCAAAACUAGCCGUCUAGGGACGAAAAUGGAUCCUGCAAUCAGACUCCCCUAGAAAAAUCCAGCACGCUCCAAAAAAUCUUCUUGACCACACAUCUUCUACUGUUAGCGUGUGUCGAUUUCUUGGAACGAUUAAAUUGAUUUGCGAGCUCACGAUAAAUAUCAUGGUUAAAUGUGUAAACAUGUUCCGGUUGUUACACAGUCAUAUUUUCAAAUAUACUGUAUGUUAACAAGCAAAUUUACUGUACUGUGCUACAGCAACUGUCCAGUCACGCAUACGUGAUAAAAAGCCGAUAUGAACUUUAUAAACAAACGAUAAUGUAAAACGUAACAUAACGGCGAACAUGCAGAUUCGGCCAUCUCAAAUAAUGAUGGGAUAGUAGCGUUGCAGACUGCAGAGCAGAGUGGGCAGUAAGUUUCCUUCAUGCACCACCGCAUGGAAAACCUGCACCCCUCCUUGCAUAUGAGGCUAGAUCCGCCUCAAUGUGUAAACACCCACUCUGUGUGUGAACCUCACCUCCCACGCAUGACAUAUCGAUUGGCCUUAACUAUAUGUUCUAAUUUAGAUCAGUCCCAGAGAGCAUAUAUAAAUUAUUUUAUGAUUUGGGACAUCAGGCUCUGUUUUGAGUAAAUGAUUGCACAUAUUGUGAAUGGGAUUAUCCAAUCUAAUUUUUGGGUUUUAUUUCCAUCUACGCUGCCUCUGGAUGCCAAUACGACCCCAAUUUUGUACCCAGGGUAUUCCCAUGUCUGAUCACCUUGUUUUACCUAGGUCAUAUCUAGUGGCAUUGGUUUAGUUGGUUUGUCAUUGGGUGGAGUCCUUGCCUUGGCAAUUGCUUCACAAAUUCCGGACAAAAUUAAAGCAGUUGUGUCAAUAUCAGGACCUCGUGUUCUUAUUGGGUGCACAUUACGUUGUAGAGAUUUUACAAUUCAAGGUUAUCCUGUGGAAUAUACCGAUGAAACUUAUGUUUCGUAUUCCCAUUAUCUUUCUAUCUUCAAAAGCAAAGACGCCUGUAAACCUGGAGCGCCAUCGCUCAUCCCUGUGGAACAUAUAACCGGCAAAGUAUUGUUGGUCUACGGUCUUGCGGAUGAACUGAAUACAGAAAUUGAGUGGAUGUGCGAAGAAACGUUUCAACGCAUGGAAAAGCACGGAAAGGGUUCGCUAUGCAAACGAUUGCCUCUUCCUGGGACGGGACACUUCAUUACGCCAUGUUAUCUUCCACCAUGCUCAAGGCAUUAUGCGAAAAGAUGGGACGAUGUCUGGUCCUUAGGAGGGGAAAGCAAGGCACAAUCAAAAGCUCAAGAAAUUUAUUGGAAUGAAAGCCUAGAGUUUCUAAAAGAAAAUAUAGUCUAAUGAAUAUUGUUAGAGGAUUUUUGAAGAUGGAAAUUUCGAGUUAAAAAUUAAUGUGUUGGAGCGGUUGCGAAAAAUGUAACUACAGGGUGUAUAAAAAAAAACUGAACAGAUAUGAAUUUGCUCUCAAUUUCGCAAAACAGCUACUGG